GGCCAUGCUGCGAAAAGUCUACCUUGUUGGCGGGCACGUCACUCCCUUUGUCGGGAAAGGAUAUCCCAACUUCCAGAAGGGUGCAAAGGGCUUGAAGGAGUACUUUGCUGAGUCCAUCCAGGGUGCGUUCCAGAAGACUGGCGUCAAGGCAGAGUCCAUUGAUCGGAUCUACGUCGGCAACUUUGCAGGCGAACUCUUCAAUAGCCAGGGCCACCUUGGGGCAGCAGUGGCAGCAGCUCAUCCAGCUUUGCUCUACCGGCCAUCCAUGCGGGUGGAGGACCGGCGGUCCCUGGCAGCUGAUGUUGCAGACGCUGCCUGUGCAUCUGGUGGCCUGGCUUGUGCAGAGGCUGUUCGAGCCAUCAAAUCUGGAGACGAUUGUGUGAUGGCAGUUGGCGUGGAAGUGCAGACGGAGGCCGAUGCGCGGACGGGAGGGACAUAUUUAGCACGUGCUGCAGAUUUUAAUCGCCAGUCCAGCAUCGACGAUUUUACCUUCCCUGCGCUGUUCGCUCGACGAGCCAAAGCUUACUUGACAAAGUACCCAGAUGUGCAAAUGGCAGACUUAGCUGGCGUUGGAGUGAAGGCCUACUCCAAUGGAAAUAAGAACCCUUUGGCACACAUGCAUGCUAUCCAGCUACCUCCAGAGAAAGCUGUUGCUGGAAAAGAGUUCUUGCAGAAUGCAGAUCUUAAGCCCUUUGUUCAACACACCCAUUGCUCUCAAGUCUCGGAUGGUGGUGCGGCAGCUAUAUUUAUGUCCGAAGAGGGCUUGAAGAGAAGUGGCCUGAAUGAGCAGUCAGCUGUUGAGAUUGUGGCCUCAGACUAUGGUGUAGGUGACUUGUGGUCUGAUCCUGCAGAUCUCACUGUGAUGGACACCACAAAAGCUGUAGUCACCCGGAUGUUGGCAUCUGCUGGAGUGAGCCCCAGCGACCUAGAGGUGGCUGAGGUCCAUGAUUGCUUCGCCAUCGCAGAGGUCCUCAUGUAUGAGGCCAUUGGCCUGGCAGGCCCAGGAAAAGGUACUGAGCUGCUGAAGUCGGGUGCCACCUCCCUGACGGGAAAGAUUCCAGUCAACACAGGAGGCGGUUUGAUCUCCUUUGGUCACCCGGUAGGCGCGACAGGAGUCAAGCAAGUCCUGGAAAUAUAUCGCCAGAUGAAGGGCCUUUGUGGCGACUACCAGAUGUCUCGAACGCCACAGCUGGGCCUGACUGUGAACAUGGGUGGGGAUGAUCGCACCAGUGCUGCGAUGCUGCUCCGGAAUACAUCUCUGACUAGCAAGCUUUAAGGGCACGAGCGCUCGUGAAAGCCCGGCUUAAAAGAAGCAACUCAAUGCUGUAGGCUUUGGUUGCGGUUAUAGAGGCAGCGGAACUUUGAGAGGCCAGCAACACAUGCAAACUCUUAA